CCCACAACACUCAAAGUCCACAACUUCCAAAGCUUUCUUUUCCUCUUCCACACUCCCUAGAGCCAACACUCACAGAACUGAACACAAAAAGAAAAUCACAAAAGUUCAUCGCUGUAACAGCCAUGGCUAUGCUAUCUACUUCGCUCUCAGGUCCCUCUCAGUUCUCCGGCCUUCGCCAAUCAUGCCCUAAACUUCUUGAGACUCACUCCCUCUCUCAGUCAUUUCUUCGUCAUUUCAAUUCUCAACUUCGCAGCAUCUCUUCUUCUCGCAAACCUUCUAGACAUGUCGUCGCUAUGGCCGGCACGGGAACGUUCUUUGUAGGAGGCAAUUGGAAGUGUAAUGGGACAAAAGAGUCUAUCAGUAAGCUUGUUUCUGACUUGAACGAUGCGAAGUUGGAGGCUGAUGUUGAUGUUGUUGUUGCUCCUCCCUUUAUUUACAUCGAUCAGGUGAAGUCUUCAUUAACAGAUAGAAUUGAGAUUUCUGCUCAAAACUCCUGGGUCAGUAAAGGUGGGGCUUUCACAGGAGAGAUCAGUGUGGAACAACUAAAUGAUAUUGGCUGCAAGUGGGUUAUUCUUGGGCAUUCUGAACGCAGGCAUGUAAUUGGAGAAAAUGAUGAGUUUAUAGGAAAGAAAGCUGCAUAUGCCUUGAGCCAGGGUCUUGGGGUGAUAGCUUGUAUUGGUGAACUUUUAGAAGAAAGAGAGGCAGGAAAAACUUUUGAUGUUUGUUUUCAGCAAUUGAAGGCAUAUGCCGAUGCUGUGCCCAGUUGGGAUAAGAUUGUUAUUGCAUAUGAGCCGGUAUGGGCUAUUGGAACUGGUAAAGUGGCCACACCUCAGCAAGCUCAGGAAGUGCAUGUUGCUUUACGAGAUUGGCUCAAAAAGAAUAUCUCUGAAGAAGUUGCAUCCAAAACACGAAUUAUCUAUGGAGGAUCUGUAAAUGGGGGAAAUUGUGCUGAACUUGCGAAGCAAGAAGAUAUUGAUGGUUUUCUUGUUGGUGGUGCAUCCCUAAAGGGCCCGGAAUUUGCUACCAUUAUCAAUUCUGUAACAUCCAAGAAAGUUGCUGCUUGAUUAUGUAGAGUUGGUCUGGACAACAUGGAAAAAUAAAGGGCAAAGUGAGGAUACUUCAGAUUGAAGCUGUACCUUAAUCAAACAUGUGAGCUAGCCUUAUCCAAGCAGUUUUGAUUAUAAAAUCAUAUUUCUUUUUUGUUUUUUUCUUUGUACCUUCCUAGAAAGAAAAAGGCCCAUUUGCACAUCUUUCUUUUAAAAGGGAAUUACUGUAACUAUGCAUGAGGUUGAUGCCAUAAUCUUAAUGAAGCCCCCCCCACCCCACCUUUGUGUUUU